CUCUCAGGCAGGGCGACCCCUCCCACAGCAGUGCACAGCAGCAUGUAACCCGACCUGCAGGUGAACACUUUCUCCUCGCACUCUGACUGGAUCGUUUGCGGAGGGGGAGGGUGAAGUUGCCUUUAGGAUUUUUGUUUAUGUUUUUGUUUUUUUUAGGAUUCGCAUACGGGACGCGGUCCUGCAUCGCGUCCGGAGAGCGCGUGCGGAUAUGAAGGCAGACGAGAAGAUGAUUUGAAUAGGCAGCAGUGUGGGCGUAAAGUUCACUAUCAGAGGCUUGUAAACCUGACAUGUGUACACCCAGUGAGACAGUAACCUGAGACCCCAUUCUGAGGGAACACCAGGAUGCGUCCCAUCGCCUUACAGCUUUUAGGCAGGACCAGUGUUGGAGGCAGCUGUUGGAACCCUGCCUUUGCAGCUUUGCUGCUCUUCCUGUGUCUUGGCGUCCCUCCCUCUGUGGCCACUUGCCCACCCUGCUGCCUUUGUGCCAGUGAUAUAAUUUCCUGCAGCGGGUGCAAUCUGUCUGCGCUGCCCUCUGAUCUCCCAAGCUAUGCCACACGGUUGGACCUAAGCCACAAUGUCCUUACUGACCUGUCCAUGGACUGGAUUUCCCGACCGUUCGACCGGCUUGCUACACUGGUUCUCAGCCGAAACUCAAUAAGCCAAAUUGAGGUUAAUGCCUUCAAUGCGACGCCACAUCUCCUCCACCUGGACCUUUCUUCCAACCGACUAACAGUGCUGAACUCAUCCAUCUUUACUGGGUUGAAGGAACUGAAAGAGCUGUUGCUGUUUGGAAACCAGAUCAUCCAGAUGAACCCAGGGGCUUUCAGCGAUCUUUACAGCCUGCAGAGGCUUUACCUCUCUGGGAACAGACUGACGGCUUUCCCCCUGGGGCUUUAUUGGGAACCUGGAGGGCCUCGUAAUCUGACCUUUCUCGAUCUGUCCUACAACAUGCUCUCCAAGGUACCCGUCCAGAGCCUGCUAUCUCUCACCCAGCAAGGUGGAAUUUAUUUGCAGGAAAACCCUUUGGUCUGCGACUGUGCUUUACUCGCCUUGCAGGAGUACUGGAUGUGGAAACAGUAUCGUCCCCUGGUGGAAUUCAAAGGUGAAUAUCCAUGUAGAGACAAUUCAGAACCAUGGUCUGAAUGUAGCCAGGAGGUAGUUUCAGAUAUCCCCCUUGAGGCACAGACUUACCAAGUAGAGCCUGGUAAAUGGCUAAGAGUGCCAUGCCCAGGGUUUGCCUCUCCAGCCCAGGAGGGGUUGGAUUGGUUGUGGAUUACCCCCAAGACUGUAUUGAAUUCAUCAACCAAUGAUGCAAGUGCCCACCUAACAGUUUUACCCAAUGGCACCCUUGAAAUCCAAGGAGCCCUGAUGGAAGAUUCUGGUAUGUAUGGGUGCGUAGUUGCCCGUGGGCGCCACUAUGACCCCAACGAGUCUCCAGAAGUCAGUGUGGUGGUCGGAAACUUAAGCAAGGCCUCCACCAGCGGCUUGGCAGACAGAAGCGGUGCCGAGCAUUUCAACACAGCAUUCACCACCCUGGCUUCCUGUGUGGUCAGCAUCAUACUGGUGCUGCUCUACCUCUACCUCACUCCCUGUCGAUGCCGGGAAAACCGGGGAUCGAGAGGGUGCGGCGGACGAGCCUUCAUCCUCUGUUCAGACCCCAGAGAGGUAGAGUCAGGACAACUGCGGUCAAAUGGAAAAAGGGUGGCUUUCUUAGAGCCUCAGGCAGAGGACUCUGAUAUUGGUAUUCCAAAAACACCAGCAAUGCAUUUGGGUCAUGUUACCACUGAGGGAAUUCUCAAGAAUGGAAGUAGGACAGUGGGACUGACCCUUUCAGACCCUGCUCACAUGGCAUAGCAAGAAAACAACCUUUUGCACAUUCCUGUAUUCUGACAGUCUGAUCCAAGUGUUUUGUUUUCACUGUCUUGUUUCAGUACAUGAUGAGAAAAUCCAUUUCAUGUGAAGUAGUGUACUUGGAUUCUUGUGAAGUAGUUAUGCAUUGUAGGGUUCUGGUGUUUGGUCUGAAGCAGAAAAUUCAGUCCUUUUUGUAGGCAGAAUUUCAAAUAUGUCUCGAAUGUAAGUGGUGUCUUUUUUUUACAUUAAGAGUUCAUAUGGAAAUCUCACUGUUACCGCAGGAAAUUGUUAUUGCAGGGAUCACAAAGAUCAUAUAAAUGUAGGUGGUGUUUUAAAUUGGCUGAGAGGAAUAUUCACACCUGAUUUGAUAAGCUGCUAGAGGCAUUGAUGGUCAUUAUACUCUAUAUGUUUUGUGAAUACUGCCAUCACAGUGACCCUUUGUAAUUUUCAACCACCUGUCUCGUACUGUGGAUAUUUUUUUAAACAUGUCGGUAAUAUGUGUGAAAUUAUCUGAACUUUGAUGUUUUGCAGAUCACGCUGUCUGCUACACACCCUCUUCGAAUUAUGUGAAUCAAUUAUAAUCUUGUGAGAGUUCCUUUAUCAAAAGCAAAGAAACACUAUGAAGUGAGAACAGACGGAGUAGCCUGCC